AACAUAACAUUUCGCUGCUGCGCUUCUUCGCCCUCAGAUUCUUCUUCACACCUCCAAAGACCCCCAAUCACAGAUCCAAACAAUGCCUUCCCAAAUUAGGUUUCCGAUCAUCGACCUCUCUUCUCCUCUCCCGCCUCCCCGAUAUUAAGAUCACCGCCGCGAAUUUCCGCGAACUUUCCUCGAUAAUUUUUUUUUUCAAGCUAGGUUUUAUCCAGUGACGGCGUAUUAUCUCAUCAGUUGACAUUUCGUUUUAAUCGCCAGAUCGUUCGUAGGGGCUCGUUAAUAGGUUUUCGUGUUAAUGAAUCUCCGCCUUAGGCUUGAGGAGUUGAGUAAUUUCUUUAUCCUCGUUGUGAGAUCGUGAUUUGGGAUUUUAGGGUUUUCGAUUACUGGUGGAUUGGAAUUUGUGAUUGAUUUAUUGAAUUCGGAUUCCACUGAUUGUGUAAAAGACUGAAGAGUUUAGAUACUUACGCCCAUUCGAGAAGUUUGUACACUGUAACUAUAUAAAACGCUUGGGAGAGGGGAUGUUUGGUUCUACAGUGGAUACAAGCCGUGGGAACAGCUCUGCUUCAGGGCAGCAGCUUCUUACUCCGACUCGUUUUGUGUGGCCUUAUGGAGGGAGAAGGGUCUUCCUAAGCGGAUCUUUCACUAGGUGGACAGAAAAUGUGCCAAUGUCACCACUUGAGGGCUGCCCUACUGUUUUUCAAGUCAUUUGCAACUUGACUCCGGGUUAUCAUCAGUAUAAGUUCUAUGUUGAUGGGGAAUGGCGGCACGAUGAGCAUCAACCAUUUGUAAACGCAAAUGGUGGAAUAAUGAAUACAAUAUUUAUAACUGGACCAGAUAUGGUUCCCACUGCUUUUAGCCCAUCCAGCAUGGAUGUGGAUGAUUUCUCCCACAGAGUGGCUGAUCCUUCCCAGGAUUCUAUACCUAGGAUAUCAGCGGUUGAUCUGGAGGUGUCCCGUCACCGCAUAUCUGUUUUAUUGUCAACCCGUACUGCAUACGAGCUGCUCCCAGAGUCGGGCAAGGUUAUUGCAUUGGAUGUGAAUUUACCAGUAAAGCAAGCAUUCCAUAUACUCUAUGAGCAGGGAAUCCCUUUGGCUCCUCUGUGGGACUUUGGUAAAGGCCAAUUUGUUGGAGUUCUUGGUCCAUUGGACUUCAUUCUAAUACUGCGAGAGCUUGGAACACAUGGAUCCAACUUGACAGAAGAAGAGCUUGAGACGCACACAGUAGCAGCCUGGAAAGAGGGGAAAGCCCAUAUUAGCAGACAAUAUGAUGGAAUUGGGAGACCAUAUCCUAGACCACUUGUUCAGGCUGGGCCCUAUGAUAAUCUGAAAGACGUUGCCCUGAAAAUUUUGCAAAACAAGGUGGCAGCCGUUCCUGUUAUAUAUUCUUCUUUGCAGGAUGGGUCAUAUCCGCAGUUACUGCAUCUUGCUUCGCUAUCAGGCAUAUUGAAAUGUAUAUGCAGAUACUUUAGACAUUCGUCUAGCUCUUUGCCAAUCCUUCAGCAGCCCAUUUGUUCAAUUCCCCUGGGUACUUGGGUCCCUAGAAUCGGUGAAUCAAGUAGCAAACCUCUCGCUACAUUGAGACCACAAGCCUCUUUGGGUUCUGCGCUCUCGUUAUUAGUUCAAGCUGGAGUUAGCUCAAUUCCUGUAGUGGAUGACAACGAUUCGCUUAUUGACAUAUACUCUCGAAGUGACAUAACGGCCCUGGCUAAAGAUAAGGCAUACGCACAGAUUCAUCUUGAUGACAUGACGGUUCACCAGGCGCUGCAGUUGGGGCAAGAUGCGAGUCCGCCUUACGGAAUCUUCAACGGGCAGAGAUGUCACAUGUGCUUGCGCUCAGACUCUCUUGGGAAAGUGAUGGAGCGGUUAGCGAAUCCAGGAGUAAGGAGGCUGGUGAUAGUGGAAGCAGGGAGCAAACGUGUAGAAGGUAUCAUAUCUUUGAGUGAUGUUUUCCGGUUCCUGCUCGGUCUUUAA